CUAUUUUCUUAAAAUUAUAAACAUUUCUUCUUCUUUCAGUGUAGAACCUCACAACCGCCGGUUCCUUUUCCUUGCUCUUCGUUCCAAGGCGUCACUCUGUCAGCUCCUCUAUAUAGCCGGACCACUCUUUGCCGCCGCAUCUUCAGCCGCCGCCGUCAGCCAGAUUCUACUUCCAAAACCCUAGCGAAAAGCAAUGGAAGACGGUAAAAUCGCAAGCGUGCACUCCACAGUGUUCAAAGAAUCAGAGAAUUUGCAAGGCAAAUGCAGCGAAAUCAAAGGCUACGAUUUCAACGAGGGACUCGAUUACUCUCGUCUCUUCGGUUCGAUGAUCACUACUGGUUUCCAAGCCACCAAUCUCGGAGAAGCCAUCGAAGUCGUCAACCAAAUGCUAGAUUGGAGGCUGGCAGAUGAGGCUGUAGCUGAGGAUUGCGGUGAGGAGGAGAGGGAUGGGAAGUUUAGGGAGUCUGUCAAGUGUAAAGUGUUUUUGGGGUUCACUUCGAAUUUGGUUUCGUCUGGGCUUAGAGAUGUGUUUAGGUACUUGGUGGAGCACCAUGCGGUGGAUGUGGUGGUCACAACUGCUGGUGGCAUUGAGGAGGAUCUUAUCAAAUGCCUUGCGCCGACUUAUAAGGGUGAUUUCGCUCUAGCAGGGGCGUAUUUGAGGUCCAAGGGAUUGAAUCGUAUCGGUAAUUUACUGGUUCCUAAUGAUAACUAUUGCAAAUUUGAGGAUUGGAUCUUACCGAUUUUCGAUCAGAUGUUGAAGGAACAGAAUGAACAGAAUGUGCUGUGGACGCCAUCUAAAUUGAUUGCACGCUUGGGGAAGGAAAUAAAUGAUGAAAGAUCGUAUCUUUACUGGGCAUACAAGAACAAUGUCCCAGUUUACUGUCCAUCCAUAACAGAUGGCUCAUUGGGAGACAUGUUGUACUUCCAUUCUUUCCGCAGCCCAGGUCUGGUUGUUGACAUAGUGCAAGAUAUUAGGGCCAUGAAUGGUGAAGCUGUUCGUGCAGGUCUGAGGAAGACUGGAAUGAUCAUCCUCGGAGGAGGCCUGCCCAAACAUCACAUUUGCAAUGCUAAUAUGAUGCGCAAUGGUGCUGAUUAUGCUGUGUUUAUUAACACUGCACAGGAGUAUGAUGGUAGUGAUUCUGGAGCUCGUCCUGAUGAGGCUGUCUCCUGGGGGAAAAUACGGGGUUCUGCCAAAACUGUUAAGGUGCACUGUGAUGCAACAAUUGUUUUCCCUUUUCUGGUUGCUGAGACAUUUGCAAAGAAAGUUAGCAAGACUACGACCUAGAAUUUCAUGAAGAUUGGUUUAGAAUAUACUGUUAUAGUAGGUCAUGGUAAACCUGUUAACUGGCUGAUGAUUGCCAUUUUGAGGUUGUAUGUUGUUUGCAAGAUAGGGUUAGGCAUACCGCAUUGCAUGAUUAUUAUUAGAAUCAACACAUUUUCCCCCAUAUGUUGUUAGUAAGUGCCUUGGUUUUGGUAUGUCCUUAGAGGCUGAGAUGACAAACUGGGGGCAAUUACUUUCAUUUGUAACGAAUUUGUUCCAUUUCAUGUUCCAAAUCCUACAUGAAUGAGAAGCUGAUUUACUUCUAG